AUCCAUGACAAAGAGUAUACGCGUUGCAUAUGCAGUUUCAAGUUUUCAAUUUAGACUUUUUUAUAUGUUCUAACUUCUAAGUUCUAACAUGGCGGUUGAUACUUGAUACAGCAAGACAAGGAAAUAAGAAGGGAAACUCAUGAAACUCAACACUUAAACAGAACCCUGGUGGCUAAGUUUAUCCAAAUUUUUUGUUAGGUAUCACUGAGCUGAUCAAUUGUUUCCUACAGAGUUAUGCAGAGAUUUCUAAAGGGGUUUCUUCUUCAUUCUCAACUAGAAGAAGGUACGAGGCAGCAAUAAUGAAGACAAAACAAGAGUUUGAGUGGGUUGAAGCCCAGAAUCUUGUCUUGAGUAAGGACCUCAUAGGUACCGCAAAACAGCAGCUUCUGUUUCUUGCAGAGAUUGAUAGGAAUCGCUGUCUUUAUGAUGGCCCUGUUUUACACAGAGCCAUUUACAGGUACAAAUUCUGUUGGCUUCCUCUACUAGCCAAAGAUGCUGAGUCACCUUUGACAGAAGACCCUUUGCUUGUGCCUCUUGAUUGUGAAUGGAUUUGGCACUGUCAUAGGCUUAAUCCGGUGCGCUACAAGAAUGACUGCAUGGAACUGUAUGGGAGAAUACUUGACAAUUUGAAUGUGGUGUCUUCAAUUCAAGGAACCAGCAAAAAAGGAACUGAAAAAAUCUGGGAGACAAUGUAUCCAAGUGAGCCAUAUGAACUUGAUCUGACCAAUGACUCAGUGCUUGAUUUUGGUGAAAGUUUAUUGGGAGCCACUGAAAAUACCACCAGCUAUGAUCUGAUUUCAGCUGUCAAAAGACAAACUACUUUGUUCUACCAGGUUUCCAGACCUUACUGGAAUGACGAUGUGUUUCUAGAAGGAGCCGUGGCCCGAUACAAGGGUUUUCUGCACUUGAUCAAGAGGAACAUAGAGAGGUCUAUAAACUGCUUCUGUGUUCCAACUUAUGACAUUGAUCUCAUUUGGCACUCUCACCAAUUGCACCCUGCUUCUUACUGUGAAGAUCUAGUGGCAAUUAUGGGCAAAGUAUUAGAACAUGAUGACACAGAUUCUGAUCGGACCAAGGGACAAAAGCUGGAUGUUGGCUUUUCUGAAACCACAACACAGUGGGAAGAGACAUUUGGUUCAAGAUACUGGAAAGCAGGAGCAAUGCACAGAGGUCACCCUCCAUCUCCUCUUACUGUGGAUAAGUACAAAAUAGAUGCAAUGCACAAUAUUUCAGCUUCAUCCAAUACAAACCAAAAUCUGAUUCAGCAGUUUCCACAGAAAAUGCUUGUGGAGGUGAUGCUUGAGAUUGUUGAUGUGAGAGACUUACCAAUUGAGAAUAAGGGCAAGCUAGUUGUAUCCUUCAACAAGAAACAAGAAGAUAUAAUUUUCAAUGCCAAGAAACAAUUAAGCAUUUCAUCAGUGUCGAAAAGGAAACAAGUUGCUGUUUUCCAAUGUGAAAGUAGUGGAGAGCUGGUCUUUGAACUUAUUUACCACCCAAGUUUCAACUUCGGAUUAGUGAGGCCGGCGAAAGUAUUGGGAAAAACUUCGAUCAAUUUGGAGGAUAUGCAAAAUGUGGCAUCUAAACUGCCAACAGAGAUGUGGUUAGAUUUGGAAUCCACCGUCAAAUGGUCAAAACCGAUUAGUAUCCGCAUUGGUUUCUCUUUAACCCCUCCAUUUCCAGCACCAUAUGUGUUGCACAUGAUUUCCACAAGUCCAUUCAUGGGACGUUAUUUUUCCUUCAUGCUUCCCAGAAAGUUCCGGCAAGUAAGCAAUUGGACAAAUAUUGUAGAUGAUGCUGGCAAUGAGGUCAUCAACAUCCAAACAAGGAACUUGGCAAGUGAGAAGAUAAGGAACCAAAAUAUCAAUGAAGAAGUGAUUGGAAGGACUGCAUCUGGUGAAACACAUCUUCUUGCAGAGUUAAAGGGAACAAUGUGGUCUAUCAUGAACUCUGGCUGGAUGUUACAGAUAAAGAAGACCCCUGAUGAAGAUAAACAUUAUUUUGAGCUCACAGGCACUCGGAAGGUGAUUAUUUUUCCAGGUAGGAAAUUGGAGUUUGAAACUAGAUACUAUGGAAAUGUAGAGGAAAGCUGCUUCAUGACGGCAGUAGAAUUCUCUCAGAAAGAUCCUUAUGGAAAAGCAGUCGCUUUGAUGGAUUUGGCAUAUGGAUUUCUAGAGAUCAGUGAAGAGUGGCUAGUAUUGCCUGCGAUAGUAUCUGCAUUUGUUCUCUCCAACUUUCCUGAUUACAGCAAUCAAAGUGUGAGAGUGAAUGAGACUAAAGCUUAAAAAGAAAAUAAAAGAAGCUGCGCGCGGAAAAUACAAAUGUGGAAUCUUGACAAAUGUUAUGUACAUAUGUUCCUUAACUCUAGAAAGAUUCCCAGGAAUUCUGCUGGUCCAUAAAAGCCACUGUCUCUUCAUGGGCUGCAACAUUUUUGUAUUCAGUUUCAGCUUGACAUAGUUGACUGCACCAUGUCAGGCUCAGCCUAUAUGUUAGUUUAUUUGAGAACAAUUCGAGCUACAUGUUGGCGGUGAUAGUUUUUUUUUUUCUUUUCUUCCAUUUUGGUUUUAAAUUUAGUUUAGUGAUUUAGAGCAAGCAAGUUGGAAUUCUAUUGAGCAUUUGUGGUACUUCGCUAUUGAUCUCUUCAGGGUUUGGAUACCCUUGAUUUGUAAAUGCACUUGGGCUUAACCCUUAACCUAUUCUUCCUUGACAAGAAACAAAAAUUUGAUUAGGCUAUAAUUGCCUACCUUACUCA